UUAGAAGCAACGAACUCUUGCACAGAUGGAGCGCGCCAAGCGACCGGCGGAAGGCGAGCCGGCGACCGAGUCAACCGCAGCCCUGACAAGCGCCAGCACUGAUUCAAAUAGUCUCAUUCAUAGUGGGAGCAGUAGCGGUCUAAGUAGCAACGGAGUAGCCAAGCGACCGCGACUCGACCCUGCGCAACAGCAGGAGCAACAACCUCGUGGUGCACAACACGGUCGUCGUCACCCUUACCCGCCUCAGUCGCGUCCACAGCAUGGCAAGCAAACGCAUCCGCGCCAUGUCGCAUCGGGAGCCGUGGGCAACAUUGAGAGCUACACGCGCGACGGUCUGCGAUUCGUCAAGCCAUACCUCUUUCGCUUCGUCGCGUACGCCAAGCGGCGUUGGAUAGGCCUCGGCCUGCUCGAGCUGUUCCGGCGCGAGUUUCGAGUUGAGACACCAGCGUACUUUGAUCAAGCCAUUCGCGAUGGUCGCGUCACAGUCAAUGGAAAAGUUGUAGCGCCAUCGUACAUUAUUCAAGACAGCGACGUACUUGUGCACACGGCACACCGUCACGAGCCACCUGUGACGGCUGCUCCCAUUCGCGUGAUUGCCGAAACGGACGACCUUGUUGUCAUUGACAAACCUGCAUCCAUCCCGGUGCACGUUGCUGGACGAUUCAACGUCCACACCGUCAUUUCGAUCAUGAAAAGCGAAAUGGGCUACUCCAAUUUACUCGGAUGUCAUCGGCUGGAUCGUUUGACUUCGGGCGUGCUGGUCAUGGCUAAGAACCGCGCAGCGGCAGCUGCCGUCACGCGGCUCAUCACAGAGCGAGAGGUGGAGAAGUUUUACAUUUGUCGAGUGACUGGCGUCUUCCCACAAGAACAAGUGACCUGCACCGAGCCGUUGUUGAGCUUUUGUCCCAAGUUCGGCCUGAAUGGUGUUGAUCCGAGCGGCAAGCCUGCCGAAACAGUGUUUGUCCGAGAGCAAACGAACGGCGUGAUCAGCAUUGUUAAGUGCUUCCCGAAAACAGGGCGAGCACACCAAAUCCGUGUUCAUUUGCAGUAUCUUGGCUAUCCGAUUGAGAACGACCCCAUUUACAAUAGCCCUGCGUUUGGUCCGUCGCGCGGCAAAGGCGGAGUGCAAGUUGACGACCGCGACCGCAUCGUUGCGGCAUUCACUGCAUUGCUCAAUCCCGAAGAUGCUGUGAGGACUGGUGCAUCCGGAGAAUCUACAGCGACCACCGCCACGUCGUCCUUGUCGGACCCAGCCCCGCAGACCGAGUCUCCAGUGCCAGACGAUCGAGACACUGCCGCUGUAGCUGACGACGAUGACGGUGAUGGUGGCCAUGACCGUGUUGAUUUAGAUGACACGCUUGUCGGACCCACCGCAGAAUCGGCCGCGCUCACAAUUUCAACGCCUGCCGCCGAGCGCAUGCCUUACUGCCUCGAAUGUCUCCGCACACGGACGCUUCCUUCACCCAAUGCGUGCUUGUAUCUCCACGCCUGGCGGUAUAAAUCGGCCGACUGGGACUUUGCCACUGAGCUGCCCGAGUGGUCACGUUUGUCAGACGCUCUCCCUGAACAAUAAAUCAAGCCUAGACUUUGCCACUUUUGCAC